AUGUCAGACCCGAUGAAUCCAUACGCAAAGUUGCACCUCAGCCCGGCAGGCCCAGGGGACCAGCGGCGGACAGCGCUUCAGAUAGUUGAGGAUAUGCAACUGAAGGAUAAAUUGGCUGACAAGGUUAUCAUGAUCACGGGAGGAACUUCAGGGAUCGGCAUUGAGACAGCUCAGGCCUUGUACUCGACGGGAGCUCAGAUCUACUUGAUGAUUAGGAAUAAGCACAGGGCUAAGGCCAUUAUCACGAAGAAAGGAGCACAGCAAUUCCUUGGCAUGAGCCAGCAGCUCAACGUUGUAAUCAACAACGCAGGAAUAUUGGCUUGUCCAUACACUAUCACAUCGGAUGGUUUCGAGAGGCAGCUUGCAGUUAACUACCUGUCACACUUUGCCAUGACCACCAUGCUCCUACCUACACUGAUUGCGUCGAGUUCGGUGGCAUUCAAAUCUCGGGGAGGUAACGACCCGUUUCUCGCAUACGGGCAAUCGAAGACGGCGGUGACAUGGUCAGCCAACCACCUCGACCGCCUCUACAGGGCGAGAGGUGUUCGCGCUCUCUCUCUGAACCCGGGUGGCGUCAUGUCCGGCCUCCAACAAUAUGCGACUGAGGAACAGCACGAGACAUGGAAGAACGACAAGGUCAUGUUGACUUUAAUGAAGUCGCCAGAGCAGGGUGCUGCUACCACGGUUUGGGCAGCGGUAGCACCUGUUUGGGAAGACAAGGGUGGUUUUUACCUGUCUGACUGCAAGGCCGCGCGGUUGGCGAGUAACAUGACCUCUGCUGUAGACGAUGGGUACACACCGCACUGCUAUGAUCCCGUUGGCGAGGAGCACCUGUGGAUUCUGAGCCUGGCGAUGGCGAAGGUGACCGCUCCUUGA